CCAAAUAAUAUUUGGAGAUCCUCAUUCUCAACCGCCAAGUGACGAAAUAACCAGCAGUCGCCCAUCCCUUCAAAAUGGCUCCCAAGAAGACCACCACCCGCGCUCCCCAGGAGAACAUCUCCCUCGGACCCUCCGUUCGCGAUGGCGAGCUGGUCUUCGGCGUUGCCCGUAUCUUCGCCUCCUUCAACGAUACCUUCGUCCACGUCACCGAUCUGAGUGGCCGUGAGACCAUCACCCGUGUUACUGGUGGUAUGAAGGUCAAGGCCGAUCGUGACGAGUCCUCCCCCUACGCUGCCAUGUUGGCUGCCCAGGACGUCGCUGCCCGCUGCAAGGAGCUUGGCAUCAACGCUCUUCACAUCAAGAUCCGUGCCACUGGUGGUAACGGUACCAAGACCCCCGGUCCCGGUGCCCAGUCCGCUCUCCGUGCCCUCGCCCGUGCUGGCAUGAAGAUCGGCCGAAUUGAGGACGUUACCCCUACUCCCUCCGACUCUACCCGCAGAAAGGGUGGUCGCCGUGGUCGUCGUCUCUAAGCUGCUCGCACAUGGGUGGCUUGGAUCGGACAGGAGAUUCGCUAUCUGGUUUCUCUGUGGCGUUGAGAAUCACGAGGAGAACGGCUUUUUCGCCUGGUCUCCAGUCUACACUGCAGAGCCUGGUCAGGUUAUGGGUUAGGACGCAGUAGACAGUUAUGAAUUCGCCCGAAGAAGGCCUAUGAAUCAUCCUGCUUGUCAGAUUUGUUCCAUGAUGUGAUACUUUGCAACUGUACGGUUGACGACUUAUGAUGUAGUGAGAUAAAAGCAAUUGUAUGCAUUUAUAAGCCGCUAUGUCUACGAUAUGCGAUCUUGAUCCCUGAACUCCUCGCCAAAUCAUGCCUUGUUCAUCCCUGUUAUUUUACACCUGGCUUGAGUGUCCAGAUUCCUCUACCGGCACCUCCAGUUUUGUUCAAUACUGCAACCUUAUCUAAAGCUGCUUUGAACUCAUCGCUCUGCUUCUUGCCUGGGCAGUAGGGGUUGAAGUGGUCUACCAACAUCUUGCUGGGGACUCGACCGUUGUGACGGUUGAUGAAUGUUUUGAUCAUGGCCACAAAGUCUUUAGACUUUAAAUUCUUAUCUGCGCCAGGAGUUCCUGAACGAGAACUUCCCCCACUCCCUGUAUCGAGACCUUGACGGUCUGCCAAGUUACUCAUGAUGGCUGCUGAGCUUGGUCCUCCACGGCGACGGUUAGCCCCAGGACGGCCAGCCUGCCCGACCUCACCAGUCCAUGUAACAGUGCCUAUGGGAACUCUUCGCGCCUCUGCGCCAGCUUGGCGGAGGUGUGCCGCAGCCUGGCGGGCUACCAUAUUUGCUUCUUGUUGCAGAACAGAAAUGUCCGCCUGUGCUUUCUGAGGCCCGUUCACAAUAGCCUCGUGGUCGUAGGCAUUGUUGACCGACUUUGCGAAGAUACCGUCCAACAUGCGCUUCUCAUCGUGGACAGACUUAUCUUCUCGGAAGUCUUCCAUAGCAGCUACCAGUCCCAUCUGCCGGAGCUCUUUGCUCUCCACGUCUGUUCCGCCUGCCACAUUCUGAGCUGGUUCUGACGUUUGCUCCUGUUCGCCAUCGCCGGAAGGAAGUUCAACUUCUGCUUUCUUGAAGAGCUCGCUUCGGUUGGCACUCGCAUCUUCUCCUGUGUUGUAACUGAAGAGAUCGUAGAGGUCUGACAGGUCAUAACUGCUACGCUGCUUUGGAUCCUUCAGGACUUUGUUCGUCAUGAACUGCUUGAAAAUCUGGCGGUGAUAUAUCUUCUCUUCGAUGGUCCCUUCCGUCAUAAGUCUGUAGAUUUUUACCGGCUUCUUCUGACCGAGUCUCCAUGCUCUUUCUCGAGCUUGGAGAUCUGUUGAAGGGUUCCAGUCAGGGUCAAAGAUGAUGAUGCGAUCAGCACCAGUGAGAUUAGUUCCUAAACCUCCGGUGCGAGUUGUCAUGAGGAAGACAUGAAUAUCCGGACUUUCGUUGAAUCUAUCAAUCAUUGGCUGGCGCUGGUCGACGGGUGUCUCUCCAUCCAUUCGCACAUAAGAGAUUCCACAUUCGCUGAUGCACUUCUCGAUAAUGUUCAACAUUUGUUUACCUUGUGAGAAGAGGAGCGUCUUGUGUCCAUUGGGGAUCAUGACCUUUUGCAGCAGAUCUUUUGUGAGCUGCAGUUUCGCAGAUAGCUUAGGGUUCCCAAAGUCGUAGCCUGCCUUCUUUCCCAGAGUCUUGUCUAGCAGAUCUGGGUGGUUACAGAUCUUGCGUAAUAUGUCAAUGCCAUAAAGUGAUUGUCGCCUUCGAUUCAAGAUGGCCGAGACCUCAUCCGAUUUGAUGAAAGUCUCAUACGCCUUAUGUUGGCCAUCAGUUAAUUUGCAAAACAACACUUGCUCCGUCUUUUCUGGGAGAUCGGCGGCGACAUCGACCUUUAGGCGCUGAAGUAGAUAUUCUCCAAUGGUUUCUUUAAGUGCUUCCGCGCAUUUCUCUGCUGUCAUGACCUGCAGAUUGGAUGCGUUGGCAUAGCCACCUUGACGAAUUGGGAUCUCGAAUUGUGCUCUGAAAUUGACGAGGGUUCCCAACCGCAUAGGAUAGAUAAAAUCAAAGAGCGACCACAGUUCGGUCAAGUUAUUCUGGACUGGUGUUCCUGAGAGAAUAACACGAUUCGGCGUGUUGAGUUCUUUGCAGGUAACAGUAAUUUCGGCGUUUGGGUUGCGAAUUUUGUGUCCUUCGUCCAAAACUGCGUAGUCCCAUUCAACUGGCAGCAAAGUCUCGGCAUAUGUCUGAAGGCCAGUGUACGUCGUUACCAAGACAUGCCCACUCUUGACGACUCCGUUGACGAUUCUUUGAGCAGCCUUUUCUGACUUGGUGGCUAAGGGCUGGAAAUGAUCCAGAUCAUACUCGUCUUCGAACUUGGGAUUCAUCAUACCACUGCCAGAAGCGUGCAGGAUGGACACACGAAGUGGUGGCCACCAGCGGUGAAAUUCACUCACCCAUUGUCGCAGAAGUGUAGCAGGCGCAACAACAAUGACAGGACGGCGUAGCUUUUUGCUGUAGUGAAGAGCUGCGAUGAAGGCAAUAAGCUGUACAGUCUUUCCCAGACCCAUCUCAUCACCAAUGAUGCCUCCGACGUUCUGCUUAUAAAGUUCGGCAAGCCAUUGUACGCCUGUUUUUUGGUAUCCAAAGAGCGACGGGUGAAUAUCCCCAGGCAGUUUCAGAUCAUCGCCAAAGUUGUAGUCGGGAAAGUCAGGGGCUGGUUUGAACCAUUCUUCUUCUUCAUCGUCGCUCUCUCCUGCAUCAGUAGACAUGUCGACUGCUUGCUUCCGAGCCCUCCGUGCACGACUUCUUCGAGUCACCCAGUCGUUCAACCGGGCCUUGAAAUGGGCUUCAUUGCCAUCGUCGAUCUUACUAAGAUCGAUCUGCUCUUGAUCGGCAGCCUUAGCCUUGGCUUUGUUCUGACGGCGUUGCUCUCUAAUUAGAUCAUCCUCGUUCCCUUGCUUCCAGACAUCAUCAUCGUGAGAUUCAGAACCGGAUGCUUCGGGUUCAAAAUCCGCAGACGGGCUACGCUCCUUUUGAACGCGACGUUUUUUCCUUGGCCUUAACGAGAACUCACUCUCAACAGCUGGGGCUGGUUGAGGGGGUUCAGGUUCGGAAUCAAGCUCGUCAGCAAAUCCAGGUCUGCGAAGUCGUUGAUGCGAAGCAGGCCCUUCAAGCUCUCCUCCAAGCUGUUCAGCUGCUGCCUCUUCUUCUGCAUCCAGAAUUGUAUCGGCGAGUUGGCCUUGAAUUCCUGCAGGUCGUGGUCCUCCAAUCUUGGCAAAUGGUGUAAUCUUUCCGGUUCGAAUCAGAAAGUCACGGUGGCUUUCACCGGGAAGCCUGGUAGAUUUGGACUUAGUUGAGUCAUCCACAGAGCUUUCUUCAUGACGCUUCUUUAUUCGUGCCUGGAAAUCAGAGAUGUCGUUGCUAACUUGUCUAAUUUCUUCAUCGAGUUUUGCGAUUUCCUUCUGGAUGUUCCGAGUUUGGUAGACAUUACUGUGAGCAAGUUUCUCUAGGCGUUUCUUCUCUUUGUCCAGUUGAAGCUGAAGCCGAUGCUUGGUGGCUUCCAACUUUUCGAUGCGGUUUUGAUCCUUCUUGUCCUCAGCUUCGUUGAGCGCAGCAUUGGCUUGGAGUGUGAUGUCGCGUUCAAGAUCAUUCUGAUCUCUUACGGUGCCAGUCAAAUUGCGCAGCGCAUCUUCUUCAUUGAGACCUUCGGUGUUCGGCUGCUCUUCUUUGUCUUCAUCAUCUUGAGAUGCGCUUUGUUGUGCAACAGCAACCAUUCGAUCAAGAAGUGCUGCUUUGUCGACUUCUCGAUUAUCUGAGACCGUAUCUUCAGAUACCAUGGUGAAGGGCGUGCUGGUUGCAGAGUUCACAAAGUUGCACUUCUCGUGCUCUCGGGUAAGGAGAGAGCGAGUAAUCGGUUCUGCGCUUUACAAAAUGAGAAUAUAGCCGGGUAUGGUGAGUUAGCGCUGAUGAGUCCUCAUCCUCAUGAUUCAGCGAAAGCCUGAGAUGGGUUGAAACUUCUGGGUAAUGACAGGAGGUUGAAAAUGUGCGUGAAUGAGAAUGCACCGAAUUUGUAUGGAUUACGUUGCACUUGAUUACGCGCUUCUAGCUUCGUUGAAAGACCUUAGUGGAUCUGAAAAUUCAUCUGAGGCUGGAAUCCUGGAGGGAAAAGUGAGGAAUGAUAAUAUCAAUCAGUUGCGAAAAGUUGAAGUCGCCUUUUUACGCAAAUAAUAAGCUGUAAUGACG